AUUCGGAAUGGUGUCUUUUACAGCUUUGAGGCAGUUUGCGGCACAAGCUUUCUUAAAACCGUAAACCUUGUCAGUUCAAGACAGUUUACGUUACUCACACUGUUACAUAUUCACAAGGAUUUCGCGACUGUUUGCUUUACAAUAAUAACAGAGGUACAUUCAUUUCUUUUUCCAAAAAAGGCUUUCUAUAUCAAUGGCAGUUUGCACUGUCGGUAUGUCCUAGGUACCAAUCCAUCGUUCUACUCAAUCUAUUCAAUCUUUGCAAGACUUCAGAGGUGUUACAUAGUGUUAUUCAAUUUCGCCUGUAUCAGAUUCGUGGCGUCAGCUACGGAAAUAGCCAGACCAGUCGUCUCAGACAACUUCGCGAAUGCCGGCCCAAUCUCAACCAAGUCUUCCUUGUCCUCCAUUUGUUCACAUUGAAGGAGUUCCAAAUUUUCGAGAUAUUGGAGGCUAUCCUAUCGCUCGGCAGCCCGGCAAAUUCAUCUGCAAUGCCACAAUUUAUCGAUCGGCCAACCCUUCCGGAGUUACCGAGGAGGGCAUCACCCGGUUACGGGGACUAGCAAUCACCAAAGUAUUCGAUCUUCGUUCAGACCGCGAAAUCGAGGAAAGUACGAAGAAGGGAUGGGGGGCAAUCAAGGUGUGGGAUUCUGCGGCAAGAGUUCCUGCCUCUGUCUUCAUGGACAGCGACUUCGCAGACGGACAUCGCGGCCAACGGGAUUACAACUUGAGCAAAGAAGGACAUGACGGAUUCAUCAGAUAUUAUUGGGAUAUACUCAAUUCAGCAUCCUCAGCCAACAAUACGUUACAACCAUUUGAGAAGAUUUUGACCCAUCUGGCUCAAGAAUCUUCGUCCAAACCUGAACCGAUCCUUAUUCAUUGCUCGUUAGGGAAAGACCGAACCGGAGUCAUUUGCUCCCUAAUUCUGAGCCUAUGUGGCGUUGCAGACGACCUAAUAGCGCAUGAAUAUGCAUUAACGGCUGUGGGUAUCAGAGAAAAGAUAGCACAGAUCAUCACUGAAAUAAGACCCAAUGGACCUGGGAUUUCUGAAGAGGAGAAACGGUUCUUUGGCUCCAAGAAGGAGGCUAUGCAAGGAUUUCUAGAUUCGAUUCGGCGCAAUGGCGGGAUGGAACAAUACGUCAUAAGGUCAGGAAUCUUAAUGUCGGAGCAGGUGGGGCAGUUACGAAGAAAUCUCAUGACUGAGCUACCUGUUGGUGAAAAAGGAACAAAUUAAUGAAGGCAGCAUUCGCCCAUCUGGCCUCUCCACCAGCUCAUGGUCUUGGGAUUGCAUAGACUGCUUCGUUCCAGCUGAAGUGUUUUUGAGAUUGUUGAAAUCAUACAUCAAAGUACUUAUGGCCGUCGAUUGUAGGGUGUUGGCAGCGGUCAUGCUUUGGAUUCGACGACGAUCUCGAAUGCCACUUGAGGCACUUCGACCUACAAUUUUCGUGGUUGGAUGCACAAGGUUGCGAUAUUAGCGAGGGGCAAACCAACUCAGCCUGGCGUCUCCAUCAAGUUCAUUGACUGGGUAAUGUCUCUAAUCGAUGACUGACUUCCCACUGCUAGUGGUUCUUAAACCUUCUGCCACCUAGAUGCGGAGUAAACCGUGGCCGACAUGGACUGCUAGGCCGAUCCCCCCAGCAUGUAGAGGGUUACAAGAUAGGGGAUAGGCAGUAGGUAGAUUGGAUGCAAACUGAACGCUGUUUUGUUAAACUCUUGA